AUGGACCCGGGACGCCGUGCCAUGCUUUCGGGCCGCCAAGAACGUCCGUCUCGAGAUGUCACCUCGCCACGGAGAGACGACGGCAAUCGCGUCUCCAAGCGUUCGGAUCAGUUUUCCUCGGGUCGGCGUCGAAAGAACAACGCGAGGGAUGCGAAUACCACCUCACUAGGCAGUAACCGCACGUACAUGACGCAAGAUGAACAGGCGCUUCAGUUCGUGGCCGAGGAGGACAAGUUCGUCUUGAAGCAGUCCAAGAAGAAAGCCGACAUCCGCGUUCGCGAGGGUCGAGCCAAGCCCAUCGAUUUGCUGGCCUUCAACCUACGCUUCGUCGACCCGGACCGAGACGUUCUCGACGACGACGAAACCGACGCGCGAAUCUCCGUCCCCUCCCCCGAGGCCGUGUUGCAGACGCUCGACGAGGCGCAGCUGCGGGAGCUCGAGUCCGACAUCACCUCGUACCACACCCUCGAGACCAACGCCCGGAACCGAGAAUACUGGCAAGCGCUGCAAUCCCUCUGCGCCGACCGGCGGCAGAAGCUGAAACCGCAGGGGACCGACGACCGCGUCGUCAGCACCGUCGCCGCCGACAUCGACAAGAUCCUCAGCCCCAAGACGUACGAGCAGCUCGAGGCCCUCGAGAGGCAGGUCAAGGCCAAGCUCCGGUCCGACGAGGACAUUGAUACGGAUUACUGGGAACAGCUCCUGCGCAGCUUGUUGGGCUGGAAGGCCAAGGCCAAGGUCAAGAAGGUGUACGAGGAGAUCAAAGAGAGCCGGGCCGCGCUGUUGAAGAUGCAGGGAAUCGACGUUAGGCCGGAAGAGAUCGACGGAGCCACAGGCGGCACGGCCAACCGACGACUGUCGAGUUCUUUCACAUCUACUCCUGCAUCGACGGCAGCCCACCACACAAAGCCGCCGCCGACUGCCGUGUCUCUCCUCCAACAACACGGACAAAGCCAAAGUAGUAGUAGUGCGAGCGCGAGCGCGAGCGCGAGUGCGCCCCCUGGAACGGCGCGCUUUGCACCCUCUGGGGACGACGACUUCUCGGGCGCGACCAAGGCCCUGUACGAGCGCGAGGCGGCCCGCGGCACGGGCGAGAACGAGGAGGUCUUCGCCGAGGAAGAAGCCGUCCCCGCGGCGUCGCGACCAGCCUGGGCGGGCAAGUACAGGCCGCGGAAGCCCCGCUACUUCAACCGCGUGCAGAUGGGGUACGAGUGGAACAAGUACAACCAGACGCACUACGACCACGACAACCCGCCGCCCAAGGUGGUGCAGGGCUACCGCUUCAACAUCUUCUACCCGGAGCUCAUCGACAAGACCAAGGCGCCCACCUACAAGAUCAUCCGGGAGGGGGGGCGCCGGCGCGGGGAGAGCUCGGCGCCUGCGGGGGAGAACGAUACGUGUCUCAUCCGCUUCAUCGCGGGGCCGCCGUACGAGGAUAUUGCUUUCCGGAUUGUUGAUCGUGAGUGGGAUUACAGCGCGAAGAAGGAUCGGGGGUUCAGGAGUUCCUUUGACAAGGGAAUCUUGCAGCUUCAUUUCCAGUUCAAAAAGAUCUACUACCGAAAGUAA